AUGGUCGACACUCGUUUCCUGGCCGGCGGUAGCCGUGCUUCUAUUUUUGCAUCUAUCCUCGCAUUUACCACUUCACUUACCGCUGCCUUCCCUGCGCAGCACGACUACAACAGCGUCGAUCUGUUGAGGAGACAGGACGCCUCUGCUGCUCUAGGCGACUGCCUUUCCACCGCCGGCGUCGAGACCUCCCUCCCUUCCGGCGCAAACUGGGCCAACGACACUCAACCAUGGAACUCCCGUCUGUCCCCUGUCCCCUCGGCGGUGGUCUUCCCCAAAACCGAGGAGGAAGUCUCGGCUGUGCUGAAGUGUGCCUCGAGCACAGGCACCAAGGUCACCACCCUUGGUGGUAACCGCUCUUUCUCCAGCAUGGGCUUCGGACGCAACGAUGGUGCCCUCGUCGUCAACCUGAAGAACAUGAAGGUGCUCGAAUACGAUGACAAGACCCAGCUCUUCACUUACGGUGGACCCGUCAUGAUUUCGGAGGCGGCCGGCUUCAUGUGGGAGAAUCACAAGCGUGCUCUGCCUCACGGCCGAUGCCCUGACGUCGGCAUGGCUGGUGUUGCAGCCUCUGGCUUCGGUACACUUUCUCGCGCCUCUGGAACAGUGUUGGACAAUGUCGUCGGCGUGCGUGUCGCCCUCGCCAACGGAACCAUCGUCGAUGCCGACGCCAACGAGAACUCGGACAUUUACUGGGCUGUCCGUGGAGCUGCGAGCUCCAUCGGAGUCGUGCUGCGUUUCAAGCUGCAGACUCUCGAGCCCCCGUCCCAGACCGUCUUUAACUACACCAUCUCCUUCAACAAGAACUACACCGCCACGCAGCAGGAUAACGUCGACGCCCUGAUCGGCGCCCAGACCUGGGCCCAAAGCGCCGACAACAACGACCUGCUCUCCGUCCGCUUCGGCAUCAAGACCAGCUCCCAGCUCCAGGGCUUCUUCUACGGCUCACAGGAGGAGUACGACAAGGUGACCGCGUCGCUGCUGAGCCACCUCCCCUCCACCAUGUCCCUCAAGACCACCCAGUCCGAGUUCUGGGACUCGGAGGACUUCUCCACUCCCGGCAUAAAAAAGCAGUCCAUCACCGGCCGCCGCUACUUCUACAUCACCUCCGUGACCAUCCCGGGCUCCGCGCCGCUCGACAACUCCACGGCAUGGGCGCUCUUCUCCGCCACCGCGUACGAGGAGAAGCUCCCCGACGCGUCGGCCUCGGGCCUCGUCGACAUCUGGGGUGGCGCCUACACCAAGGGCGUCAAGGCGGACACCUCGGCGUGGAAGCACGACGACAACCUGCUGCUGGUCCGCUGGGACAUCCGCACCUCGGCCCCCGACGUGCCCUUUGCGCAGUCCACCCUUGACACCGUGCACGACCGCUUCUACAAGUUUGUCGACGCCUACAAGGCCGCCGGUGGCUCCCCCGGCGGGUUCACCACGUACCGUGAUGAGAAGUGGGACAUCAAGGAGACCGCCGAGUACCUGUACGGCGACAACUGGGCCCGCCUGCAGAAGAUCAAGACUGCAGUCGACCCUGGCGAGAUGUUUAACACUGAUCCUCAGGCUGUCCCUGCUUUGAGUGCUUAA